UGGACUGCACAAUGGUUUAACACGGAUGAAGGCGGUGAUUCAGCAAAGUCUCUCUGCUCUCCAGCACCUUUUCCCGUCCUCUCUCCCUCUCGAUCUGUACUUCCUCUCCAUCCCGCUGUGCAUCUCUUUUUGUUUUGUUUUUUCUUUUGUGAACGGCAAAAUGUUUUGAAUCCAGAUUGCGGUGGAGGACUGUUGCCGUACUGGGAUUCUCUACAGUUGGCACGGAAUGGUAUUUAUGAGCCGACAUUUCUUGUACUACUGCAGUGAACCUAUCCUGGAUGUGAAGAUUGCGUUUUGUCAGGUGUGUGUUCCUUACAGGUAAACAAGGCAGCAAGGACCACCUUCCCAGUGCUGGCGGGAUCCUUCUUAAGAUAAUGCAGUCGGGCUCCGAUGAUGUCACUGGGUUCUGACCACAAUCUUUCAAAUAUCUGUGGGUGCGGAAGUGGUGCCAGAAGACUGGAGGGUUGCCUGUGUGACACCUCUGUUCGAAAAAGGGAGAAAAGGGUACAUCAGGGAUUUGGUAAACACGUGGAUGUUUCAUAUAUUGCUAAACAUUACAACAUGAGUAAAAGCAAAGUGGACAACCAGUUCUACAGCGUAGAAGUAGGCGAUUCUACCUUCACAGUUCUCAAACGCUACCAGAAUUUAAAACCCAUUGGCUCUGGGGCUCAGGGAAUUGUAUGUGCUUCUUAUGAUGCUGUACUUGAUAGAAAUGUGGCCAUUAAGAAACUCAGCAGACCAUUUCAGAACCAGACGCAUGCCAAACGGGCUUAUCGAGAGCUUGUACUCAUGAAAUGUGUCAACCACAAAAAUAUCAUCAGUUUAUUAAAUGUAUUUACACCCCAAAAAUCGCUAGAUGACUUCCAGGAUGUGUAUUUGGUCAUGGAAUUGAUGGAUGCCAACCUGUGUCAGGUAAUACAAAUGGAACUGGAUCAUGAGCGGAUGUCCUACCUACUGUACCAGAUGCUGUGUGGCAUCAAGCACCUCCAUUCUGCUGGCAUUAUUCACAGGGAUCUAAAACCAAGCAACAUAGUGGUAAAGUCAGACUGCACAUUAAAAAUCCUUGACUUUGGACUAGCAAGAACUGCUGGAACAAGCUUCAUGAUGACACCUUACGUAGUAACCCGAUAUUACAGAGCACCGGAAGUUAUUCUGGGGAUGGGGUACAAAGAAAAUGUUGAUAACUGGUCAGUUGGGUGCAUCAUGGGAGAAAUGAUCAGAGGCGCUGUGUUGUUCCCUGGCACUGAUCAUAUUGACCAAUGGAAUAAGGUAAUUGAGCAGCUGGGAACACCUUCCCCAGAGUUUAUGAAGAAGCUUCAACCCACCGUCCGUAACUAUGUGGAAAAUAGGCCCAAGUACACAGGACACACUUUCCCCAAGCUCUUCCCAGACUGCCUCUUCCCAGCUGACUCCGAGCACAAUAAGUUAAAAGCCAGCCAGGCCAGAGACCUCCUGUCCAAGAUGUUAGUAAUUGAUCCAUGCCAAACUAUAUCGGUGGACGAAGCCUUACAGCACCCAUACAUAAACGUGUGGUAUGACCCAGCCGAAGUUGAGGCGCCUCCUCCUCAGAUCUAUGAUAAACAGCUUGAUGAGAGAGAGCACAGUAUAGAUGAAUGGAAAGAAUUAAUCUACAAAGAAGUGAUGGAUUUUGAAGAAAAGACUAAAAAUGGUGUUGUGAAGGGACAACCAUCUCCCUCAGGUGCAGCAGUGAAUAGCAGCGACAGCCUUCCUCCAUCCUCAUCAGUAAAUGACAUCUCAUCUAUGUCAACCGAUCAGACCCUCGCAUCGGACACUGACAGCAGCCUGGAAACUUCAGCAGGACCCCUCUGCUGCAGGUGACUAACCGUCUGCCUGCGGAGCCACUUCUUCUUUAGAAAAUGAUGCAAGUACUAAAUACUCAGUGCGCCUCUUUGGAAUUGAACUAUUUAAAAAUGAACGUGGAAGUACUGAUGCUAAAAUAUUAUGUCAAAAUGCUUUGCUUAUGUCCCAUUCCAACGAAGCUGACGUUCAUUAAGAGUAUCAAGCAGCAUCAUUUCACAGUAUGUAAAUAUAUGGUUAUAAAUUAGCUCCCUGUGGAACUGGCUUUGAACACACAAGGUGAGCAGAAAAGAUACAGCAUUAUAGUUAAAACUAAAUGCACUUUUGUCUCCUUGAAGUUGCAAUAUGUGUCCCUCUUCCCACUUUUUUAUAUGCUUACUAUAAACACCUUGUAGAAUACAUUGCUAUAAAUGCUCACAUGCAUACCAAAAGGAUCAAAUUUGGGAUCUCAGAACUCAUGUGACAUGAUAAAAGCAACAAAAUGGCAGAAAAUGCAAUUCUAUUAAUCAUUUGAGCAUUGAAUGUCAUUGCAGUUUGAAAAACAAACAAGAACUGAUUUUCCUCUAAUUAAAGAUAGAUUGAUGCAUGUGGAACAUGGCCAUGCACAGAUAAUAACCUGUAAUGUUUUGUUUUGAUAUGUUACUGCCAUCCUUGAAUGGUUAAAGGGACUAUACUCUUUUGGCCAGCCCCCUAACUUGGCUGCAGUCCAUGUUUGCCAAAUACAUGUAAUUAAAAAAGUCUUAUUAUUGUGCACCAAUUUUCAUGGAACAAUAUAAUGUCUCUAAGGUGACAUUAGAAUGGUGGUAGCCACCUUCUGUUAUACUACUUUCAUUUAUUCAAAACUAAAUCAAAAGCCCUUCAAUAAAUUACAACAAGGAAGCACAUAAAACAUAUUAUGAUGUUGUAGCAAAUCAUUGAAAAUGAUUCAAAUGGAAUAGGAGUAGCAAAUUCAGUUAGAAUUGUGCUCUGAUUGAGAGAUCUAUAGAUCUAUACAAUUUCUGGUUUGAGAAGGCAGUAACUUUCGACCACAAAAAUAAAAGACAUGCACAUAUAAAGCGAUUGCACACCUUGCCGUAGAUGGCUGCACGGUCUUUAGUUGCAUUUGCCUGUAGUUGUGCAUGAUCAAACUUCCAAAUAUAUUACAGUAAAUGGAAGGAAAAAGUUAUACCUAGAUGUAUUGUAGGCUAUAAUGUGAUACAUUAUAUAUUCAGCCUGGACCUGAAAUAAUGUUGCUGUACUCUUAAACCCCUUAAAUGCUGAAUCUGCAUGGUCUCAUAAUUAAUCUUCUCUGUUCACAAGUAAACAUGGAGUUAUUUUGAAUUGCAUUAACCAGAAGCAAAUGACUAUUUAAAGUUAAAUCAAAAGCUUUAACUGACAGGCAAAACUUUAGAGACAAACAUUCAGGACUUAAGUGAUGCAAACUGUACCAAAAAAUAGCAUUGUGAUUUACAAUCCCAGUGAGAUCAUUUUAGAUAAAAUUGUACCAAUUCAACUUAAAAUCAAGAUUGAAAUGACACAAUAGAAAAUGACACAGCGCUGACCAGAUUGAAUUGAUUGUUUAGUGGAAAAGAAAUAGCUUCAACCAAAAUGGCUGAUUUCCAAAUGAACGUUAGAAGUGACUGGCUGAUUGAGAAUCUAAUGUUCUGAGGAACAUUUUGUGGGUUAUUGCAAGAGUAGUCAGGAUUUAGCACAGCUUUGUUUGCCUAAAGACAAAACAAUACAGAUAGCUGAAGCUAUAAAACAAACAGGGAACAUUUUAGCAAUUAAUGUACCUGGGCAAAUACCGACUCACCUAUCACCUGUCAGCCAGUGCUCCUCCCCCUCUCCUGACCUUCUUAUUCUGGCUUCUGGCCUCUUCCUUUCCAGUCCUGAUGAAGGGUCUUGACCCUAGACGUCGACUGUUUAUUUCCCUCCAUAGAUGUUGCCUGACCUGCUGAGUUCCUCCAGCAUUUUGUGUGUGUAAUUUCAGGUUAGGUUAAUGUUUGAAUUUUACAGUAGAGUGCAGUCUCUCUGUCUUGCCAUUUUGAGGGCAUUGUCUAAUUUCUUGAGGCAGCGUUGUUGGCACAGAGCUUUGCCAGGAGUGGGGGCAGAUCUGAAAUAUCCAGUUCCUGACUCCCGAUGUUGAUUUGAAUUAUUAAGACAAAAUCUGGAGGAAAAAAUGAGCCUACACUGCUGAAAAAUGUGACCCAAAUGUAAUCACAAUAUUUGUUUUAAUAACUGUAUACCCUGGAUUUCUCAAUUUAAGCAGCAUUCUGCUCAGUGUGCACACAUCACUGCUGAGGUAGAUUUCUUAGAAGCCAAUUAAUAUAUAAUUAUGAAGUGUGUUUUUCUUUUGCAAUAGGCAUUUUUUUCCUCUAUGAAUUAUUGAAUUUUAUUAGGCAGCCCAUUAUUUUUGCCUUUUUUGCUCCUCCCCCUCCUCAACUUGAAAGGGUACAAAGUUCCCAUGUUGAAGAUAAGAGCCCAGGUGAGCGAUCAGCCUGGUGCCCUAAUGAACAAAAGAUUGCAUUCUAGUCUGGUUAGCACUUGACCACAGAAACAAUAUCAUGCACAUCAACAGCCCUUUUUCAAGAAGCAUCCUUUGCUAUGCAGUAAUUCAUAGAGUUUACAUUAUUUGAAAUUGAAGAAGUGCUGUGGGUGUUGGGGGUGGGGAAGGGUGGUGGUUCUCAGAAGAAUAGGAUCCUUUUCUUGAGAAACAAAGGACUGCAGAUACUGGAAUCUAGACGAAAAACACAAUGAUGUUGGAGAAACUCAGCAGGCCAGGCAGCGUCCAUAGAGAAAAGCAGGCGGUCAAUAAUUUUCUUCUUCCAUGGAUGCUGAUCUCAAUAAGAAGAGCAUGGAACAGGUAGACUUACUUCCACAAGUUGUCAGCAUAUUAUAAGUUAGAGUUAAGACUGUAGAACCGUAUGGUCUGAAGCACAUCAACUCUUGUCAGCUCAUCUCACGAAGCUUCAUUGCUCACGUUUGUGAGAUGAACCUCAGACUACAGGUUUGAACAUAGGCAAUGCUGGUGCCAUCACCCAUUUUAUAUCUGUUCCAGUGAUGAACCUCAUAAAGAGUCCUGUAUUUCACUGCAGCAAUAAUGCUGUUUAACAAAAACUGUAUUAAAUAACCAGUGCUAUAACCUUCCUAGAGUUCAGUUGUAACAAAUUCUGGUCACUUGAGCACCUUGGGCUUCCAUCAUUGGCCAUACCUUUAGGUGUCCAGCACUUAAGUGCCAGAAGUUCCUCCAUUGGCCUUUUUAAGUCCUACCUUCUUAGCCAAGCUAUUGGUCAUCUGUCUUAAUAUCUUUCUUUGGCUCAAUUUCAUUUUCUACUCUGAUUGCACUCUGCCUUUUCUGCUCCUCCCCCUCCCCAACUUGGAAUGCACUCUUAAUAAGUACCUUGGGACAUUUUGCCAUGGAUUUUUUUUGUAACUCUGAAUUGUUGAUGAUAAUUUCUUUUUAAAAUCAUGUAAGUAAUUCCACUUUCAGUAGGCCUAAUCCGACGUAUUGAGUGCACAGGGUAGCAGCUAGAUCUUAAUGCUCUGCAGUCCACCCAUUGACUGUUCAUGAGGCUGGAAAGUUCUACUUAAUUCUCUCUUCACCGAUUAAAAAGUGGCCACCUUUCAGUGCUCAGUGAUGUUCACAUAAGAGGAUAUUGAGCCCAUCUCCCCUGCUCAAUGGUGCCAACAUUAAUACUCAAUGGUACCAAACAUUACUGCUUAAUGGUAUGAAACAUUACUAGUUGACCACCACAAUGCCAACAAAGCUUCUCUGAAAAUUUUAAAAUUUGAAUGCAAUGUACUUUUUACUUUGCUUUAACAAAAUAACUCCCAUGUUUGUAAGCAAUACAGUGAAAUAGCAAGAUUACAAGAGGUUAUUGCCACUCACUGCUUGCUUCAGUUCCACAGCACUGCUGCUUGAAGCAUAAUUGCACGAAAUAUUCCAAAGAAGGGGAAAAAAGAAAUAAAAACUGAAAAACAUUGUGUCUUAUCAAAAGAUGUAUCAAAAAUGUGACAGUGAUGGAGCACGCCAGACAAACAAUCUGCUCUAAGAUAGUCAAUUUACUUCUGCAACAUUCCUAUAUCUGUAUCACCUCACUGGGACAGAUUGAGUACACAUUGUCACAUAUAAUCAACUUUCACAUCAUGCGAAAAUAUCAUUAUAAUAAGAACAGCAGUCAUUGGAUUGAGGAAGACCCAGGAGCCAAGCAUCCCAUUGAAUAUUUGGCCUGUCUCCUUUAUGGAGCUGAGCUGAUUGAACAACUUGUUCUAUUGGGUGAGGUAGGGGUUUACAGCUGUGUUCAAUUUGUUUAAAGUAUCUAAUAAGAUGAUGCUGUAAAUUCUAGUUUUCCUGAGGUUUACCUUUUUAAAUUUGGCUGACAGAUUGAGUAUGAAAAGUUAAUAGGUAAUAUAGAGGACAUGGUCAGUGAUAUUGCAGUAUUUGAAAAGGUUAUUGAACCUCAAUUGUAUUCUAUUUUAUGUCCAAGCAUGUUCAGCACAAAGGGGUCUGAAUUAGUCAGCUCAGGUUCCAUUCACAAAAAAUAUGCUCGCAAAGCAUAGGAUAUUGAAUGGUUUACUCUAACGAGUUUUAUUGCUGAAUUUUGUAGCAGAUCAUUGCUAAUCACUAUGCUGAGGUACCCACUCACGGUCUUCGUGUUCUUGUUAAUGGCUUAUCUUCUAAAAUCAGUGGCAUGACAGGAUAUAAGUGAACAAUUCCUUUCUGAUUUCCUGCAGAGAUGUUUGCAAAUGGUUCACUUCAGGAAGUUUCUCCUAGACUGUCUGGGUGGAAUAACUUCGUUUAUGGAAAGUUAUGUUCAAACUUCUACAGUUACAAAGUUAAAAGUUCAGAAUUAACAAAAACGCAACAUCCCUGCAUGUGUCCUCCCUGAGGCUUCUGUCCUGCAGACUUAUAACAAAGAUGCCUCCUAUAAAGCUGAUGGCACAAAAUCUAAGAGUACGCUUCUCUUUCUGAAGGUAUCUGAAGCAUUGUCUGGUUAUACUAACAGUGGGAGGGGCUACUAUAAAGUUUCCUGGAGCUGUCAAUCAAUCACCAAUCAUUUUUAUAAUGAUCAUCUUCAGCAGAAUGUACUUCUCUUCCCCUCAUAGUUUUGUAUUUUCUCAUUUUUGGAAAAGGAGGGGCUUGUGUAAGUGUGACUAAUUGACAGGCAGAGCUCCUGCAUUUUGAGUUGCUGAAUCACUCUAAUAGCAAUAUCACACUGCUUUCGGGUUAAUUUGGAGUGUUAGUGAGUCCCAUCAUAAAUGAAGGGAGUGGGGUAAUUUGGGGUUGGGAGAGGGAAUGGCAGUACUAUUUUGUCCUAAAACAAGCCAUACCCUGAAUGGUUGAAAUGAGAUGUCCAUAAACUGUAACCAGCAAUGAUGGGGAUAGGGGCAAACUAUCAAAAAUAACAAAUUUAAAUAAAGGACCUUCCAACACCAGAUAUUGCCUUUCUAAGCUUGGUAUGAUUAUUUGAUUAACUGGCUGUGAAAAAAAGCAGUUGGUUGUCCAGUUAAUUAAAUAUAUAAUGAUUAUUUAAUGACUGCCAAAUCCUUGUUGAUGGUGAGGUGACUUCCACAAUCCCCUGUUUGUGGAAGUUAUGCAAAGGGGAAAAGUAAUAACUGGAUGCGACAGCUCUAUUUUGAUGGUUUGCAUAUCUUUCCGAUUCUGGAAGGGGUUUACAAUAAAAACAUGUUUUGUUUGGGGAAGAGGAUUUUAUAUAAAAAAUGUUUUAAAAUAUUUUAAUGAGACUUCUCAAUACCAUUUGUCAGUUUAACUCAGAAUAUGUUCAUAACGUCUGGAUAUUUUCACUUUAACAGCGGUGCAAUAAGAUUUCUCUCUGAGACCGCACCAUUAUGAUGAGGUCAGCUGUGAUCACAACUGGAAUCUGAUGUGAUGACUUUGUGUCAGGUUUGAUUUUAAACAAACUCCGGUGGUUGCUUGUUUUAUUUUGUACUGUUUGUGAUCAAUUUUGUUAGGAUGUAAGAAUGAGAUAAGUGUCUGAACUCAACAGCAGUGCUUAGAAAGAUGGUUCCUCAAGGUCCAGCUCCAGGAUAGGACCUGACUUUUAAAAUCAAGACUGGACAGGAAAUAAAGCACUCAAGAUUUUAAAGCUACCAUGUAUGUAGAAAAUAUAUGUAUGUGAUUAAAAAAAAUCAAUAAAAUAUGCCUU